AUGUGGUCGGAUGUCCUUUUUUUAGAACGUGAAAUAAACGGUUUCUUUGUUACCACAUUUAAAACGCUAAAAUAUGCAACUCCGCAGAAGUUCCGCACCGCGACUCGAAUGCGACCGGUGGUGUUUGAUGUAUUGUUCAAUUUGCUUAAAGAGCAAUUACAAAAACAUUCUAUACGACCCUCCAUUCCAGCGGAGUGUAGAUUGUUCUUAACGCUCAUAUAUCUAGCUCAUGGACCAAGAAGACAGUACUUGUCAUUGUCCUUUAAAAUGUCUGUUGAGACGGUUAGAAGAAUAGUUUUAGAAACGAGCGAAAUCAUUUGGAGCGUAAUCAUUUGGAAUACCCUUUCCCCGUUUAAUGUAUCCCUUCCAAACGUCACAGAAUGGGAAAUGAUAGCGGCAGAUUUUAAGUAUAUGUGGGAUCUUCCCAACUGUGUUGGAGCCAUAGAUCAGAUUCAUAUACCCAUCACAUGUCCGGCACAUUCCGGCUCAAAUUUCUACAACUGUAAAGGAGUAUACAGCAUUGUUCUGCUUGGCGCUUGCGAUGCCAACUAUGUAUUUACCGCCGUAGAUGUUGGUGCUUAUGGAAGUCAAAGCGACGGUGGAGUUUUGAGCCAUUCUUACUUUGGCCAAAGAAUGUACCGCAACCUCCUUGGUCUACCUUCAUACAAAAUAUUGCGAAACAGCGAUAUUGAAUUACCGCAUUAUUUUGUAGGAGACGCGACUUUCUCUUUAAAUCCUUGCUUAAUGAAGCCGUUUCCAGGAGUUCUUUUAGAAGAGCCCAGAGAAUAUUUCAACAAACGCCUAUCAAGGAAAGAAUAUGCAUAG